AUGAGUAUUGACAAGAGGUUCAACAGAAAUGAUUAUUUAUUUUAUGCUCUAUCCAUUGUUGAAUAUUUUCGUGCAAAAUCAAGCGUAUCUGUGUCAUGUAGGAUGCGACAAUGUCAUGGAGAGCAAACACCACAGGGACUUGUAGAUAAUAUGCAUCUCACUAUGAGAAAUAUUCGAGGAUCGGCAUCAUAUUGGCAGAAAUGUUGCUCUGAAUUGAUUGCCAUGGUUAGAACUUUAGAGCCUCCCACAUGGUUUUUAACAUUUUCCUGCAAUGAUUUAAAUUGGCCAGACAUGAUAAAAGCCUUGCUUAUCGCUGAUGGACGUGAUAUCGAUGACGUCGAUCGCCUGUCAUUCCCGGAGCGCUUGAACCUAGUGCAAAAACAUCCGGUAGUGUUAGCACGACAGUUCACAGUACGUGUUAACGCUCUCAUGCGAUUCUUAAAGAGAAAUAAAGAUUGCUUGGGUGGUCUUAUUGAAGAUUUUUGGUACCGAGUGGAGUUUCAAAACCGCGGUAGCCCACAUCUGCAUAUGUUAGUCUGGUGUAGUAAUGUUCCGAAUUUCACCACUCCAGAAGGAGUUGCUGUAAUUGAAAGGGUGGUUUCAUGUUCAUUAACUCCUAAUGACCUUGUGUUGCGCAAAUUAGUUGAGGAUUUACAGAUUCAUAAACACACUGCGACAUGCAAAAAAAAUCGCCAAGCUGAUGGUUGUCGAUUUGAUUUUCCAAAGCCAGCAAGUGUUAACACCGUUUGUCUUGGACCAGAUGAAGCACUUGCUAACAAUGGACGAUUAUGUAUAUUGAAACGAACCUCAAAUGAAACCAUGGUAAACAAUUACAAUGCAGUUCUUUUAAAUCUAUGGAAGGGAAAUAUUGACGUGCAACCGUGUGGUAAUGUCACCGCUGUGGCCUACUACGUCGCAAAAUAUGCCAGUAAAUGCGAACCACAUGACACAGGUGAUGUAAUUCGAGAAGCUAUUUCGAAUGCUAAGAGACAAGGUGGUGAUGUUUGGAAACAAUUGUUUUCAAUAUCAAUGACUAUUUUAAAUAAACGCUUGGUGAGUGCGCCCGAAUGCGCUUACAGAUUAUGCCAUUUGCCAUUGAAAAUGUCGUCGCGAAAGACUGUUUUUGUGAAUAGUUGCAGGCCGGAGGAACGUUACAGACUCCUGAGAUUUGAUAGUGAUGAAACCAGUAUUUACAAUAAUAUUUUUGAUCGUUAUGUAUUACGCCCAAACGAGCUGGAGAAUUUAAGCCUUGCGGAAUUUGCCGUCCGUUUUGAAACCGUCUCUAACACGACAUGGUCAGAGGACAAUGGGGAUGCGGAACUGAGAGACGAAGAUAUUACGCCAGAGAGGUAUAUCAGAUUGCAGGACAAUACGAGAUUGCGUGUAAGAAAUAGACCGGCAGUGUUACGUACCCGCUAUUAUACAAUUAAUAGUGACAAAGAAGCAUAUUAUUACAGUUUAUUAGUAUGCCAUAUACCAUUUCGUAAUGAAGGCGAAUUACUUUUCGAAAAUGAAACCGCUGAAGACUGUUUUAUAAGACGAAAAGGGGAUCUUCGCCCGUUGCAGGGUGACAUCAGUGCAGAACAAUUUGGUCAUGCCGAAUUAAUUAUUCAACAAGCUGUUGCGCAAGCUACCGCGCUUAAUGCUGCGCGUGAAACCGAUAUAGGCAAUGCUUCCAUGUUAUGUGUUGGUGAAAAAAUUUUACAUGACGAUGAUAACUUUUGUGAAGACAUGGAAGAACGAGCCGUCAUAUCAGAUGAAUUGUUCCUAGGAAGCAUUCGAGGAUUAAAUAUCCAACAGAAGGAAUUAUUUCAGAAAGUUUCAACGGCAAUCGACAAUGAUUUGCAUGGACAAGAAAGCCAGCUGUUACAUUUUAUCACUGGCGGUGCAGGCAGUGGUAAAUCAUUUCUGCUGAAAUUAAUCGUGGAGCACAUUAAGCGUUGUUACGCACCAACAGUAGAUAUACUGCUGAAGCCUAAAUUUGUGGAAGUUGGGUCGUUAACCGGGGUUGCCGCUCGUCAAAUUUUUGGCAAAACGCUACAUAGUAUUUUCUUGCUUCCGAUUGAAAAAAAAAAUUCUAUGACAUACAAAAAAAUUACAGGUCAAAGACUCGAGACUGAAAGGCGUAAAUGGCGCUAUAUAAAUUGGCUAGUCAUAGACGAAAUUUCUAUGGUCUCCUAUGAGAACUUAAGAAUAAUUCACCUAAGACUCCAAGAAUACAAAAACAACGAGAAGUUAUUCGGUGGAGUCAACAUUUUAGUAUUUGGUGACAUAUUUCAGCUUCCUCCGGUGAAAGGGAAUUGGUGUUUUGUGCAGCCAUCGUGGUUUUCGGUGGAGGUCAAUUUGUGGCAUCAGUUUUCUUUUUGUGAACUGACCAUAAACAUGCGACAGCGCAAUGAUAGCGAAUUCAUCGAUUUAUUGAACAGCUUACGGGUAGGUGAACUGACGACGGCUCAGCUGGAAUUACUAUGCGAGCGGCGCCACGUGCCUAUAAAUGGUGAAUUUGCGGAUGGAGUCGCCGUUCGUAUCUUUCCCACGGUCAGGCAAGUCGACGAUUACAACGACAAAAUAACCAAGGAAAAUGCAAAGCUGCACCGAACUUAUUUAAUCAACGCAGUGGAUGAGUCGCGUGAAGUAGCGACAUAUGGUAGAAAACCACCAGAGAACGUGAUUCCCAAAGACGUCAAUAACUGUGGUGGUCUUCUGCCAUCGAUAAGAAUUAGCGUCGAAUCUCGAGUGAUGUUGAGACGCAAUAUCUCCGUCUCUGAAGGGCUAGUAAAUGGAGCUAUGGGUAUAAUAAAAAAAAUCAAAUGGCCGGCCUUGAGGAGAGAUCAACUGGAGGAUGGAGAGCUACCAGAAGCCGUGUACGUUAAAUUUGAUGACGAAACUAUCGGUCGCAGGCUAAAAGAUAGUAAUGGUUGCGUACCCAUACCUCCAUCAAGUACUACAUUUCAGGCAGUAAGGGGUUACGGAGAUGUGGAGCGCCGUAUGCUGCCUCUAAUAUUAAGCUGGGCAGUUACAGUUCACAAACUACAGGGUACGACCCUCGAAAGAGCUGUGAUUGACCUUGGAAAGAAAAACUUCGCAAAAGGACAAAUAUAUGUGGCACUAAGUCGUGUUAAAAGUUUGGAAGGCAUAGCUUUAUCAGAUUUGGACGCCAACAAAUUAUUAAAUAAACCACACGACGACAAAUCGUUGAAAGAAAUGACGAGGUUACGGAAUCUGUCUUCCGACAAUGAAGACCACGCAUAA